AUGUGUAUCCGCGUUGUUUUGGGGGUCAAGCGGAAAAACGCGAGAGUCACGCUGACGUUAAAUGAAGGCGACAUGGUUCUGUUCAGGGGCGACUUGGCGCAUGCAGGUGCAAAGUACGAAGACGAGAACAUUUGCCUGCAUUGUUACGUCCGCGUCAGAGGCAUCAGGUAUCGCUCAAAUACAACAGAGACCGUCCCGUUCAAAAGCUAUGGAUGCAGCAAGUGCAUGAGCUUGUGUGAUUCGCGCCAGGGGCUACGCGAUCACAAAUUGGUGUGUAAUUUUGAAGCGGAUUUUCCCUGCCUGUACUGUGACAGCUCCUUCAACAAACCGUACACGCUAACGAAGCACAUCAGUCGAAAGCAACCCGGUGAGCACCGCGCGCGGCGAUCGUCGCGUCACGCAGAUGAGGCCAUGGAGGAGGCAACCGAGAGCGAUAUUCACGGCGAAGAUGGAGAUGAUGAAGGAGAGAGCGAGGACGACGAAGAAGAGAGCGAGGGCGACGACGGAGAGAGUGAGGACGAAGAAGAAGACGAAGACAAGGAAGAGAAGGAGGCGGAGGAGGAAGAGAGUGAGAGUGAUCUGAGUGAACCGGGUGAGAGCUCCUAG